AUGGCUCCUACAGCGUGUUUCAACUGCAAGGAGGCGCGAGCCGUCAUCAUCCGGCCCAAGAACAGACACAAACUCUGCCGGGCCUGUUUCAUUCAGAUAUUCGAAACAGAAGUCCACGAGACUAUCACCGGCACCAAACUUUUCUUCCGCGGCGAGCGAGUGGCGAUCGGAGCCAGCGGGGGCAAAGACAGCACAGUACUGGCAGCAGUACUGAAAACACUGAACGAGCGAUAUGAUUACGGCCUGGACCUAUGCCUGCUCUCCAUCGACGAGGGAAUCCGCGGCUAUCGCGAUGACAGCCUGGAAACUGUAAAGCGCAAUGCAGUCCAAUACGAGAUGCCCCUCGAGAUCGUGGGAUAUGGUGAACUUUACGGGUGGACAAUGGAUCAAGUGGUGGCACAAGUUGGCAAGAAGGGCAACUGCACCUACUGCGGUGUGUUCCGGCGACAGGCUCUCGAUCGAGGCGCUGCUCGGUUGGGUAUCAAGCAUGUUGUUACCGGCCACAAUGCAGACGACGUCGCUGAGACUGUCAUGAUGAACCUGCUGCGUGGUGAUCUUCCCCGUCUAUCGCGCGGAACCAGUAUCGUCACCGACUCCGACGCCUCGGAUAUCAAGCGCAGCAAGCCUCUCAAGUAUGCCUAUGAGAAGGAAAUUGUCCUCUACGCUCAUCACCGGCAACUCGAUUACUUUAGCACUGAAUGUAUCUACUCGCCUGAGGCAUUCCGCGGUAGUGCGCGCACCCUGAUCAAAGACCUGGAGAAGAUUCGUCCUAGUUCGAUCCUUGAUAUUGUCAAGAGUGGCGAGGACAUGGCUGCGCUUGUGCCGGUGGAAGUUCGAGGCUCUGGAAAAUCAAAGCAUUCGAGCGGAGCAGAGGACGAAUCUGCCGGCGGCUGUGGUAGUCAAAACGGUCGGUCUAGUGGUGGAGAAAUGGCUGCUAUGGAGAAACAACUCACUGAGAACGACGCUGCCGAGUCACGCGAGACUGAGAUCAAGCUUCCAAUUGCUGCAUCGAAGAAGGCUCGCCCGGCUAAGCCCGCUAAGCAGAUCAAGGGACAGACCAUGGGACACUGUGAGCGCUGUGGCUACAUCUCCAGUCAGCGGAUCUGCAAAGCCUGCACACUCCUGGAUGGCCUUAACCGGAACCGACCCAAGACGGCAAUCGAAGUUGGCGUCAGUAUGGAGGACGAAGAAGGCAGUUCCACUUUGAUGAGGCAGAUGGAGCGGGCUCAGCUUGGAGCUACCUGA